AUGUGGGGCAUCAAUACCGUCAUGUCUACACGGGUCUAUCUCAAUCUAGUAUGGCUCACCCGCCAGCCGGACGCAAGUAAUACCUCUGAAACGACGGGUAUCACAUUCGCAACUCUUACCGACCCGACCCCACCGAACCGCUUGUCCACUGGCUCGGUCCUUGCAUGGAAAACAGAUAAAGACGAUCGGGCUGACGUUGAGCAUCUCGACACGAUUGACAUGAUAACCAACUAUCACACCGACUUGUGCAAUCUAACAUUCGAACUCCCCGACUCACCACGAAGGAUUCCCUCCCGUAUGCCAAUAGGCUCCUCAUAUGCUAGGCUUUACCGAAACGCUUUGAGAAGCCCUUCAAGGCUUUAUUUUACUCCUGAUCUCUAUGGCUAUCGCCGCGGAUUGUCAAGCACACCAACCCUUCCUCCAGGAUGGACAAAUGCAAAGCUAGCAGAGGCCGAAACUUGGAUAUCUUCUUUUCGUAGCCGCAAGGCUCUAUCCAAGGAUGAUGUGCAUAUCUCCUUUGCGAGGAGCGGCGGCCCAGGAGGCCAGAAUGUGAACAAGGUCAACACCAAAGCCACGCCCUAUUUUGUUGGUUCUUCGUCUUCACUUCAGACAAGUUCAUCUACGACACGGUCUCAAAGCGAGAAUCUAGAGGACUGCUUACAAAAGAUGCAUCAAAUAAUACUAGUAGCCGCUGUGGAAUCCGUACCAAGGAUGCCCUCUGAACAGCAACGAGAACACGUGAAAGGAUUGCAAAAGAAGGAGAAAGUGAAGAGGAGGACUGACAAAAUAAUAGACAACACAGGUGCACUGAUAGCUGAGUGCGUCAACGUCCUGAAGAACAAGACUUCGCAUGGACAUGCAUCUGUUGGAGAUGUUUUCGUUUGUGUGAUCCAAAAAGCACGUCCGAUACCUCAAAACUCGGCAGGCGCACCUUCGUCCGGUUCGACAUUGACUUCCUUGAAGAUGAAAAGGGGUGACGUGCAAAGAGCAGUACUCGUUCGAAGCAAAAAAGCUGUCAUGAGACCAGAUGGACGAUGGGUACGGUUUGACGACAACGCUGCUGUCCUCGUCAACAAAAAGAACGAGAUGAUUGGCACGCGUAUUGGCGGCGUCGUAUCAAGUGACUUGAGGAGAAAAGGAUGGGGUAAGGUUGUUGCAUUAGCACCAAAG